CGGGAGGAAGGGGAGGAGGCCGGGUGUUUCCUGGCGCAUUCCCGGCCCGCCCAAGUGACUCACUCGGGCAGGAAAACUCCCAGGGCCCGCCCGGGACCCCCGAGUCGCCGCCGCCGCCGCCGCCGCCGCCGCGGACCCAGCUCAGGAUGGCGGCUCAGGUGACGCUGGAGGAUGCGCUGUCCAACGUGGACCUCCUGGAAGAGCUGCCUCUGCCCGACCAGCAGCCCUGCAUUGAGCCCCCACCGUCCUCGCUGCUCUACCAGCCAAAUUUCAACACCAACUUUGAAGACAGAAAUGCAUUUGUCACUGGCAUCGCAAGAUACAUUGAACAAGCAACCGUCCACUCUAGCAUGAAUGAGAUGCUGGAGGAAGGCCAAGAGUAUGCUGUCAUGCUGUAUACCUGGAGGAGCUGCUCCCGGGCCAUCCCACAGGUGAAAUGUAAUGAGCAGCCUAAUAGAGUGGAAAUAUAUGAAAAAACUGUGGAGGUCCUGGAGCCUGAGGUCACCAAACUGAUGAAUUUUAUGUACUUCCAGAGAAAUGCUAUCGAGCGUUUCUGUGGGGAGGUGAGACGCUUAUGCCAUGCUGAGAGGAGGAAGGACUUUGUGUCAGAAGCCUACCUGAUCACGCUGGGCAAAUUCAUCAACAUGUUCGCUGUGUUGGAUGAGCUGAAGAACAUGAAGUGCAGUGUGAAGAACGACCACUCGGCAUACAAGAGGGCUGCUCAGUUUUUACGUAAAAUGGCAGAUCCACAGUCCAUCCAGGAAUCGCAAAAUCUUUCCAUGUUCCUGGCCAAUCACAACAAGAUCACACAAUCUCUGCAGCAGCAGCUCGAGGUGAUUUCUGGCUACGAAGAGCUCCUGGCAGACAUCGUGAAUCUGUGCGUGGAUUACUACGAGAAUAGGAUGUACUUGACGCCCAGCGAGAAACACAUGCUUCUCAAAGUCAUGGGAUUUGGUCUGUACUUGAUGGAUGGGAGCGUCAGUAACAUCUAUAAACUAGAUGCCAAGAAAAGAAUAAACUUAUCCAAAAUCGACAAGUACUUCAAGCAGCUCCAGGUGGUUCCGCUGUUCGGGGACAUGCAAAUAGAACUGGCAAGAUACAUCAAGACCAGCGCCCACUAUGAGGAAAAUAAAUCUCGGUGGACAUGCACAUCCUCAAGCAGCAGCCCACAGUACAACAUCUGUGAGCAGAUGAUCCAGAUUCGAGAGGACCACAUGCGCUUCAUCUCAGAGCUGGCGCGCUAUAGCAACAGUGAGGUGGUCACUGGUUCCGGCCGCCAGGAGGCCCAGAAGACAGACGCUGAGUACCGGAAGCUCUUUGACCUGGCUCUGCAGGGCCUGCAACUGCUGUCGCAGUGGAGCGCACACGUGAUGGAAGUGUACUCAUGGAAACUCGUGCACCCAACUGACAAGUACUCCAACAAGGACUGCCCCGACAAUGCCGAGGAGUACGAGCGAGCCACGCGCUACAACUACACCAGCGAGGAGAAGUUUGCCCUGGUGGAGGUGAUUGCCAUGAUCAAAGGCCUACAGGUGUUGAUGGGCAGGAUGGAGAGCGUGUUCAACCAUGCCAUCCGCCACACUGUCUAUGCUGCGCUGCAGGACUUCUCCCAGGUGACCCUCAGGGAGCCGCUGCGGCAGGCCAUCAAGAAGAAGAAGAAUGUCAUCCAGAGUGUCCUGCAGGCCAUCAGGAAGACAGUGUGUGAUUGGGAGACCGGGCAUGAGCCCUUCAACGACCCAGCUCUGCGGGGCGAGAAGGACCCCAAGAGUGGCUUCGACAUCAAAGUGCCACGCCGUGCCGUAGGACCCUCCAGCACACAGCUCUACCUGGUGCGCACCAUGGCCGAGUCCUUGAGCUCUGCCGAGCUGCAGAGGCAGCUCAAGUCUCUGGGCAUGGAAAGGCUCUUGCAUGUGGUAAACGCGUUUCUGAGGCAGUCGUACACCUAUCCACCUCUUUUAACCUUUGGUGGUAAGACAUCGUUUGUUUUUCUUAUUGAUGUGUGCGGCACGGAGGUGAACUGCUCCGCUGCAAGUGGUUCUUUCCCCCAGGCAGCAGCAACUUGGCCACUCAGAUGGGCCCGCGGGCCCUAUGGCCGCCGAGCGCACAGCUUGGGGCCGGGGCCCAGCCCAGUCAGGGUAGCGGAGCAGUCCUUCUCUCGUGGUUUUUCUGAGUUUUGCAUAACUAAUGUACCGUGUAUAUUUUCUCCCUUACAAAUGUUUCCUUGGAUAACACAGCUUUACAUGGUGAGAACCAUGCUAGAGUCCCUCAUUGCAGACAAAAGUGGUUCCAAGAAAACCUUGAGAAGUAGCCUUGAGGGGCCCACCAUAUUGGACAUAGAAAAAUUUCAUCGAGAGUCAUUCUUCUACACUCACUUGAUAAAUUUCAGUGAAACGCUGCAGCAGUGCUGUGACCUCUCCCAGCUUUGGUUCCGAGAGUUCUUCCUGGAGCUGACCAUGGGCAGGAGGAUCCAGUUCCCCAUUGAAAUGUCCAUGCCCUGGAUCCUGACUGACCACAUCCUAGAGACCAAGGAGGCAUCCAUGAUGGAGUACGUCCUCUACUCCCUGGACCUGUACAAUGACAGCGCCCAUUACGCACUCACCAGGUUCAACAAGCAGUUCCUCUAUGAUGAAAUCGAGGCAGAGGUGAACCUUUGUUUUGACCAAUUUGUUUACAAGCUGGCAGACCAGAUAUUUGCUUAUUAUAAGGUUAUGGCAGGAAGUUUGCUUCUCGAUAAACGGUUACGAUCGGAAUGCAAGAAUCAGGGAGCCACAAUUCAUCUCCCGCCAUCUAACCGCUACGAGACACUGCUGAAGCAGAGGCAUGUACAGCUCCUCGGCAGAUCAGUGGAUCUCAAUCGCCUGAUUACACAGCGUGUGUCAGCAGGCAUGUAUAAGUCUCUGGAGCUAGCAAUUGGACGAUUUGAAAGUGAAGACUUGACAUCAAUAGUUGAGCUGGAUGGCCUUUUGGAAAUCAAUCGCAUGACCCAUAAGCUGCUGAGCAGGUACCUGACGCUGGACAGCUUUGACGCCAUGUUCCGGGAAGCCAACCACAAUGUGUCAGCACCCUAUGGAAGAAUCACCCUCCAUGUCUUCUGGGAGCUCAACUACGACUUCCUGCCCAACUACUGCUACAAUGGCUCCACCAACCGGUUUGUUCGAACAGUGUUACCAUUUUCUCAGGAAUUUCAAAGAGAUAAACAGCCUAAUGCACAACCCCAAUAUUUGCAUGGAUCCAAGGCUUUGAACCUUGCCUACUCCAGCAUUUAUGGCAGCUACCGGAACUUUGUGGGACCUCCACACUUUCAAGUCAUCUGCCGGCUGCUGGGCUACCAGGGCAUUGCGGUGGUCAUGGAAGAGCUGCUGAAGGUUGUCAAGAGCCUGCUGCAAGGCACAAUCCUGCAGUACGUGAAGACGCUGAUGGAGGUGAUGCCCAAGAUCUGCCGCCUGCCCCGGCAUGAGUACGGCUCUCCAGGCAUCCUGGAGUUCUUCCACCACCAGCUGAAGGACAUUGUGGAGUACGCAGAGCUGAAGACAGUGUGUUUCCAGAACCUGCGGGAGGUGGGGAAUGCUGUCCUCUUCUGCUUGCUCAUCGAGCAGAGCCUGUCUUUAGAAGAAGUGUGUGACCUGUUGCACGCAGCUCCUUUCCAGAACAUCUUGCCACGUGUCCAUGUGAAAGAGGGGGAGAGACUUGAUGCCAAAAUGAAAAGAUUGGAAUCCAAGUAUGCCCCACUGCAUCUUGUCCCACUGAUCGAAAGGUUGGGGACCCCACAGCAAAUUGCAAUCGCAAGAGAGGGCGACUUGCUGACCAAGGAGCGUCUCUGCUGCGGCCUGUCUAUGUUUGAAGUUAUCCUGACACGGAUUCGGACCUUUCUGGAUGACCCCAUCUGGCGCGGGCCUCUGCCCAGCAAUGGGGUCAUGCAUGUGGAUGAAUGCGUGGAGUUCCACAGGCUGUGGAGUGCCAUGCAGUUUGUCUAUUGCAUUCCUGUGGGGACACAUGAAUUUACAGUGGAGCAGUGUUUUGGUGAUGGGCUCCACUGGGCCGGCUGCAUGAUCAUCGUGCUUCUUGGGCAGCAGCGGCGAUUUGCUGUGCUGGAUUUCUGCUACCAUCUACUCAAAGUCCAGAAACAUGAUGGCAAGGAUGAGAUUAUCAAAAACGUGCCUUUGAAGAAGAUGGUGGAGAGAAUUCGGAAGUUCCAGAUUCUCAAUGAUGAGAUCAUCACUAUCCUGGACAAGUACUUGAAGUCAGGUGAUGGGGAGAGCACACCCGUGGAACAUGUGCGCUGCUUCCAGCCGCCCAUCCACCAGUCUCUGGCCAGCAGCUAAGGGGUCAGGACUGUGCCCAUGGCAUUUAUUAACUCUAAUGGCAUGUUCUUCUUUCUGUAAACUGUUUAGUGAGAUUUUUAGGGAAUAUUUUUCAGUAUCUCUGUACCUGUUCAAGGGGGUGCUUUUCAAUCUAAAAUCUUAAUUUUAUAAUAUGGACUUAUUUUUCUAGACUAAAAUUAUAUGUUUUUGGUAACUAGGAAGCCUGAGAACACUGGCUGCUAAUUGUUGCCAUCAUGUGCUUAAAAAAUUGCAGUUUUCCUCUGAAAUGUUUCAGCAGCCACCUGUGUCAAAAUACUGCUGAGUUCAUUUACCCCUUAUGAAACAUAAUACCAGCUAACUGUAUUAAAAUCCUAUGCCAAUUACCAUUAAACUUUGUUUCACUUUUGUUUAGGAAUUUUUUUCUGAUGGUAUUUUAUGAACAAUCUUUUCUAAAGUCAUUGUCCCCAUCCCUCACGUCAAGUGUUUCAGACGACAGUGAAUUUGAUUCCUCUGAUUCUGCUAAAUUCAAUUGUGACAGAUUAAUUUGUGAGAUAUGAACUUAAAGAUUAGAGAAAUAAAACUAAUGAAACCCA